UCACUCCUUUGUGCAAAAGUCACGUCUUUGUUCGUGGGCAGUUCACUGAGACUGAAGCACAUUAACACUUGUAGCACAAAGCAGCACGUCACGGGCUGAUGAACUGUCUGGGUACAGUCGCAGAGACGUGGGAACAAGCUGCAGAACAAAUCCUGGCUUUCCUCACAGCUGUAUUAGCCUGCUCUGCUCUACACAACUGCUCCACAUUCUGAGACACAGCGACAACACGACGCACACACACACUUACAGUAUCAUCACACAGCGACACACACACACCUCUCCUGGAGCUCCUGCAGAACCAGAGGAGGAGGAAAGAGAGCGGAAGAAUUUGGCCUCAAGUCCUGCAACCGCCUUCAAACUGCUGGGAUGAGGUGGUGGCUAGUGGUGGCCAGUCUGUGGCUGCUAGUGGCCCUGACCAUCCCGGACACCCAGGCCAGGAACAGACCUCGCAACCAGGACGGAGGGAGCCACCGGGGGAAAAGGAAGCGGGACGGACAUGGUCAUGGGCGGGGGAGAGCGGGGCGCUCUAGACCUCUGAAGAUCAGACUUGUUCCUGGUCCCAGCAUCCCAAUGGAGCUCGGACAAAACCAAGAAAAGACUCUGUUUGUGGAGUCCUACAAGAACCUACAAGAACAACACUCCAGCUACAACGUUAUCCCAGGUAAGCAGGGCCAGUGUCUGUACCAGGGCAUGACCAUGUUCGACCAGGCUGUCUGGUCUCCAAAGCCCUGUGUGACUUGUCUGUGUACCGGAGGGCGGGUGGUUUGUGACAGGAUCACCUGUCCCAUAAUGCAUUGCCAUUUCCCCUUCACCCCCGCUGGGGAGUGCUGCCCCGUCUGCAUGGAGCCAGACCCUGACCGCAGCCUUGAACUUUCUGGUGACUCCCCAGUUCCAAAUGAGCCAGGCAAGACCGUGAACCCACUGACCCAGGAGGAGAUCCAGCGAAUCCUCUGGCGGGAGGAAGAGGAGCACCUUGAGGAGGAGGAGCGCCUGAGGAAGAAGGACGAGGCGAGGAAAAAGAGGAGAAAGCAGAGGAAGGAGCAGGCAGAGAGACAAAGAAAAAUAGUGGAGGAGAGGAGGAGGGAAGAGGAGGAGGCGCUGAGGCUGCAGGUGGAGAAAGAGGAGGAGGAGUGGAAGAGGCAGAUGGAGGAGCUGGAGAGGAGGAGACAGGAGGAGGAGGAAGACAGAAGGCAGAAGGAGGCAGCAGAGAGAGAAGCAAGGGAGAGGGAAAGGAAACUAGAGGAAGAAAGGAGGAGGCAGGAGGAGAUCUUGAGGGAAGAACUACUGGCUUUUGUGGAGGAGGAGGAAGAGGAACAGCUGGAGCAGGUAGAGGAGCGACAGGAAGAGGAGGAGGAAGAAGUAUGGCUGAGAGGAGACGUGUUUCAGAUGCCCCCAAAAGAACCUGAGGAACCAGACCUCCUCCCAGCUCCGAUCCCAAGACCCCCUGCUGCGACAGAGGAUGAGCUGAAGGAGACAGAAGCAGCGGUGGAGGAGGCAGAAGAGGUGGAGGAGGAAGAGAAAGAGAGGGAGGUGGUGGUGGUGGUAGUGAACAGAGGAGGCCUCCCUCCAGGCUGCACAAUCUCUGACGUCACUAUGACAUGUGAGAACGCCAAACUCAUCUACUUUCCUCCUCUGGCCAUACCUGAGCUCAGAUCUCUCAGUCUGGAGGGCAACAACAUCAGCAGCAUCCCAGCAGAAGCCUUCAAUGGCAUCCCCAACCUGGAAUGGAUCAACCUGAAGAAAAACAAACUCACCUCUGCCAGUAUUGAUGCUAAAGCCUUUAGAGGUCUGAAGAUGCUAAGGCGUCUGUAUUUGGACGGGAACCUUCUAGACGCUGUGCCCUCUGACCUUCCCCCCACCCUACAGGAGCUGAAGAUCAGUGAGAACAGACUGAGAGGAAUCCAUGAAAACAGCUUCCAAGAUCUGAGCAGCCUGGUGAUUCUGGAGUUGGAGGGAAAUCUGCUGAGUGAGGGGAAUGUAGAUCCUCUGGCCUUCGCUCCCCUCAUCCAGCUCUCCUACCUCCGACUGGGCAGGAACCACUUCCGCACCGUACCACAGGGCCUUCCCAUGUCAUUGCUGGAGCUGUACUUGGAGAACAACCUGAUUGAGGAAAUCUCAGAGACAGUUUUCAAUCAGACCCAAAAUCUGAACGUGGUGUCUCUGAGACACAACAGGCUGGACGAGACCAGGAUUGCCCCGAUGGCCUGGAUCAACCACAGAAAUCUGGAGUCCAUCGACCUUUCACAUAAUCACCUUUACCUGGUUCCGUCCUACCUACCCAGAUCUCUGGUCCACCUAGUGCUGGUGGGAAACAACAUAGAGAGGAUACCUGGUUACGUUUUUGCCCACAUGGACCCUGGUUUGGAGUACCUCUACCUCUCCUACAACAAACUGGAUGGGGAGGGAAUCGAACCCGAGUCGUUUUUCGGCUCUUACAACUCCAUGGUGGAGCUGUGUCUGGAUCACAACCAGCUGAUCACUGUGCCGUCUGGCAUCAACGAGAUGACCAACUUACACUUCCUCAGGCUCAACAAUAACAAGCUCAGGAGUAUCCCAGACGACGGCAUCUGUGACCCGAACCACAGCGGAGACGCCACUCUGGUGGCCCUGAGGCUGGAGAACAACUACAUCGACCCCCAGAAGGUCUCACCAACAGCCUUUUCCUGUGUACGCUCCUCCUCCAGCGUGAUCUUAAAACCCCAGAAAACCAAGUGACCUGAGCACGGAACAAAAGACGCUAAAAGACGCUUGUUUAAACCAUCAGAAACACAAGGGCCUAGAUUUUUUUUAAUUAAUGUGCCAAAAGAUCUCAAAAUCUAAGAUUAAUUUUCCCUCACACUCCUCUGAUGCUAUAUGUUAUUGAAAUUACACCCAAAAUAAUAGAAAAAAGGCUCUCCCAUGUCUGAUGUACAGGUUGAACAUGGAAAAAAAGGGAACUGUCAAAACUCAGUUAUUGCUGAUGUAAUUUUCCUUAUGGGAAUGUACUGUCCUGUCAUAUCCUUGGACUGAACCCUUACGAGCAAAACAUUUUCUUCUUCUCUGGCCCUGAUACACAGUUUUAGGUCUGGUAAGAUGUUUUGCACUGCUGCCUGGCCCAACUUAAACCGGUGUGAAGGUGACAGAACACCUUCAGACUUCAAAAUCAAACACAUCUGUCUGCUUUAGAAAAUGUUAAACUCUCUAAAAUGGAAAGAAUUCCUACACCAUACACAGUAAAAUGAAAACGCUAAUAAAGAAAUGGAAAGAAUUCGAUGAAGUGAGGCCGCAAACCCACCACAUUAUUUUUAACAACCUCGCUACCUUCAUGUUCCAUUUCUCAGCCGUUUCUCCCAAUGCCUUCUUUCAUUCCAACAUGGAAAGGGCUCUUAGCAGUGAGAUCACGUGUGACACAUCAUUCGAGCUCUUUGUGUUGAAGAUUAAGAGCAGGUUGAAGGAUGAAGUAAAAGUGAGUGCUUUGGAGAGUUGAUCCCUCUGACCAGAUAAAGAGAAAGAAAAUGUAUGCAUGUCUGCCCGUUUCCUCCAUCUUUUACAUCCUUAAUCGCCACUCAAGUGGAUAGAGGCAGGACAGUAACUUUCUCUGCUGCAGUUAAACUGGAUUUAUUCUUGAUGUAAGGGGUUAAUGAGGGUCUCUCUGUAUGGCAUAGGCUUUAGUACAGCAUCACUUUUUUACCUGUUGAUGGCCCCACAACAAUAAACGCAUGUAUCAUACAUGAUCAGGCCACGCUGUGCUUUAAUCAUACUCCCCACAGUAAAGGUUUCACCUCACUUUCUGAUAUCAGGUGACAGUGGGUCACACAGAGUCAGGUUACUUCUAUUUCACUUAGUCUCAUUGUUGAAUACAAGGCUAUGUCCGUGUAGUUGGCAUGUUUAUGUGGCUUCAUUAAUUGUUGAGUAGGAAUCAUGGUUAGCAGAGGGUUUGCUAUAGAGUUUUUACAGCUAUGUGGAUUAUGUGGUCUGAGGAAACACAAUUCUUGGGACAACCCUCUAAUAAAUGCGUUUGACCCUAAGGUCUCUGCAAGAUCUCUCCUCAAGUAGAGCAAAGUUAAGAUGUGGGAGGAAAGACUGUCUCCAGAAAUAUUUUCCCUCCUCUAAAUUCCCAUUUCAGUUUUUCUUUUAAACGAUGUGCUCGAUGUUCCUGAAAACAGAAACAUUAUUUAACAUACAGGUCUAUGUUUAUGCCUCAGCUAUCAACCUGUGUAACUGUAGUGUAAUGUAUAAAUAAGUCAACAUCAGCACUGACCACAGAAAAGAAGGCUUCUGCAGCUCGGGAGAGAAAUCCUUUAUGUAUGAGAUGAUGUGGAUGCUCUUACAGUACGUCUAGACUGCACCAUUGCUUCAAAUAACAUUGACUAGAGGUACAGCACAGCAUGCCCAAAAAUGUAAGUUUAAGUUACUAAGCCACUCUAGUUAGAAAUUACUAAACUAGUUAAGAAUUACAAAUCACUUUUUUCCAAAAAAAACUGUAUCUGAACAUUUGAACUGCCCUUCACUUUGCUCUUGGCUGGCCAACGUGCAUAAAUUAUAUGACAAUAUGUUGUGUGAACAAUCAUAUUUUUUAGUUUAACACAUGUUACAGUGCAAAAUUCAAAUAAACUUCACUAUGUUCCCACUACCUAACCGAUGAAGUCUCGCCUACAUUCACUACUCUAUAUGGACAAAAACACUUUCUUAAAGUAGAAUUAUGGCAACGAGAGCACUUGUAGUUGUUGUGUUCAUUAUGUUACAGAGUGCAGCCAUAAGAACUUUAGUAUAAAGCAAUACAGCAUCCUUGUGGCUGCGAGGGUCUGUAAGGGCUCCUGCGACAUACAUUUCAUCAUUAACUGCAUAUAUGCUCCUUCUUUUUGCUGAAAAGUCCAUUUUGAUACCUAGUGUGUCUGAGUGGAACAUACAAAAACCCAAACUAUACGCACUUUUUGAGGCUGAAAACAGAUACUGAUGCAUGAGUCUUAAAAAAAAUCUGAUAACAAUAUAUCUGCCGAUGUUAAUUUU